AUGACACUCGUCACACUACAUCUCGAAUAUGAUGAAAUCGGCGAGGUUGGAGUACAACAUUUGGCUGCUGCACUGCGACACAACACGACACUCACUACAUUAGAUCUCUUGAGCACUAAAAUUGGAGAUGUCGGAACACAACAUUUGGCUGAUGCACUGCGAUACAACACAACACUUACCGCACUGAAUCUUUGGGGAAAUGGAAUCGGUGAUGUAGGAGUGCAGCAUUUAGCUGAUGGAUUAAAACACAACACAACACUCACCACACUAUGUCUCGAAUUUAAUUAUAUCGGAGAUGUUGGAGCACAACAUUUGGCUGAUGGAUUACGAUACAAUACGACACUCACCACACUAGAUCUCGCGAACAAUCGUAUCGGUGAUGUUGGAGCACAACAUUUGGCUAAUGCUCUGCGAUACAACACAGUAACUGUCUCUCUCUAUUUAUCUAUGUCAUGUGUUCACUGA